UGGGUCCGCGAGGAUAGAAGUGUUGCUGCUGCCUUAUGGUAGAUGUGGAAAUCCGUUGAUUUGGUGCAUACAAGGGAUCGAGGUUUGGGCGCGCAAGGGGGAUGCAUAGUUGCCAUUUGUGCCCUCUCUUCUCGUGUCCUGAGCUAGCUCUCAAGCUUCUUCUUUUUGUUUUUGUUUUUCCUGUCUUUUUGCCUUUUAGCGCUGCAGUUGUUGGCAGAGUUGUCGCUGCUGUGCAAUGCUGCCAGGGUUUGUGAUGGGGUAACGUCAUUUGCAGCGGGCAUGGAGCAAAUCGGACGGGUUGGGAAGGAGCGUGUUUGUCAGGUUGGUGCCGGUUGUGUGUGUGUGGGAGAUGGUGCUGACUAGGGGAGAGGAGCAGUCACGAAAAGUGGGAAUUGGGUUCUUUCUUGCCUUUGGGGUUCGUAACGAGUGGCUUCUUGAAAUUUGGAUGAGGAAGAAGAAAGAAGAUCAGUGCAGUAUUGGACUAGAGGCGCACGUCGGAGUAUGGAGAUGGGGUGGUCUAGUAGUCUUUGUAUACAAGAAGACAUUUCUUCUGCGAACUAUGGUAGUUUGGACGGGUUUGAAAAAUGCUGUUUUUGGAAGGAGAGAAAUCAAGUUACUUAAAGUCAUUCGGUAUUGUUCGGUGCUGUGGGUUUGAAUAUUGAAGAGAACGUAUUGGAUCAGGGGUUUAAACCAAAUCAGAAUCAUAGAGCACAGGACAAAAGCAGCUGAGGAAGUGGAAGAGAUACGGGCUGUUGUAAGGGGGUGUUGGGAGACAAGCUAAGCAAGAAGCAAGAGCUGAAUUAGGGAAAAGAAGACCAUAAGCUCAAUGCAAGAGCGUACCUUUAUUUGUAAGCACAGGGAAACGCUAAAGGUCGAGUAUAUUCCGAACCCUUUCACGUGGUAAUUACGGCAAUGGCUGGAAGUAAGCAUGAGAGAUCGGGGGAUUCCCCUGUAGGAACAGGAGAGGUGUCUCCACUUGCUGCACAACUUCAGCAAGCAUGGCUUCAAACGCAGAUGCCCAAAGCUCAGAAGCGGAGUUUUACCUCGGUUGCAAAUGCGCAGAACCAACUUCCUCGGUUGUCACCGCCAGGUCCUGGGUCUGAGAUGUCCGCAUCCUCGAAACCACCAUCAUCCUCUGUACUGAAGUCCUUGUCGACUCUUUUUCCCGAGCUUGCAAACGUUCAAGAGAAGAAGGAGGCAAAGAUCUCUUCUGUUUUUGAAGAAGGAGAGCAACCAAUUCCAAUUCACCCAGAAUUACGCCAGAAGAAAGCUGAAUGCUUAGAGGUGAUGUUUGGUCAAGACGUUGUUGAGCAGACGCAAGCUCAGGGGCUCAGGGACUACGACCGUCAUGCAUCUACAGAACGGUCAUUGUCUGAUAGUCUGAUUCAGCAAUCUGACGACUCGUUGGAUUUCUCUGACCUUGGGCCGCUUUCUGUUUCCAAUAGUUUCUCGAGACCUAGUGCACAGCCUGGACGAGGAACUUUUGAGGACGAUCUUUCCUACAUCUGUAGCGCUUACGGUAGUAGACCUUCGGCAUCAGAAUAUGAGACUUCGGCGGAGGUGGAACAAGAGAAAACGCCACUGUUUGAAUAUCUUACAGACAUACUCAUGGAUGAAAACGUAGAGGAAAAGAAAUGCAUGUUCAUUGAAAUGAGCGCUUAUCAGGCCAUGGCGAAAGAACUUGGAGACCUUAUCUCAUACGAUCCUCCUCCUAUGCCAAUACCUGAAACUAGAAGAUCGGAUCCUCACUUUGAAGAAGAUGUCAGAUUCGUCGACAGCUGGAUUGAUGAGAUUCUAAGUGGUCCUCUUCCUGCGGAUCGUACGGAUAGCCCUGGUGCAGAAGCUAAGCUUGACAUCAAACACGGAAGCAGUCCUGAAGAACUCUACUCUCACACAGACGCAGAUCGUGGCAGCUCUGUCUGGAAUGAUACGGCGUCUGAUACAGCAUCAUACCUACAUCCAGACUCCACCUUAUCUCCCGUGGACUUUGGGAACUCCCAUGCUCUUGAAAAUGGUAGUGGAGGCAGUUUACAAGUUGGUACUCGUCACCUAAGUAGCAUAUCUUCGUCAAAUGGCAAUGGGGUUCAUGCACCGCCGGUGGACUUGACUGAUCUCCUCAUCAGAUGCGCGCAAGCAGUGGAACAAGCGGACUAUCGGCAUGCCAAUGAGUUGAUUCACGAACUGCGUCAUCACUCGUCCGCGUAUGGAAAUGGGUCCCAGCGCAUGGCCCAUUACUUCAUGGAAGCUCUGGUUGCUAAAAUAUCUGGAACUGGCGGACAGCUUUACUCAGCUCUAUCCAACUACCGUCCUUCCGAGGCCCAAAUGCUGAAGGCGCAAAUGUUGUUCUGCGAGCAUUGUCCUUUCAUUCAAGUGCCACAUAUUUAUGCUAAUCAUGCAAUUAUGGUGGCCUUCAAGGGUGCCCCACGAGUUCAUAUUAUUGACUACGGCAUCCUUUAUGGAAUUCAGUGGCCGUGCCUUAUUCAUCAGCUUUCACAACGUCCUGAGGGACCACCACACCUUCGUAUUACAGGCAUCGAUAGGCCUCAACCAGGAUUCAGGCCCUCAGCGAGAAUUCAAGAUACUGGGCGGCGUCUGGCUAAGCUUGCGAAGCAAAUGGGAGUGCCGUUUGAGUUUCAUGCAAUAGCUGAGAAAUGGGAGGCAAUUACCCCUGCUCAUCUCUUACUGCGAGAUGAUGAAGUCCUCGCAGUGAAUUCUAUGUUCAGGUUCCGUCAUUUAUUGGAUGAGUCCGUCACAGCCGCAAGCCCUCGCAAUCUUGUGCUGAGCAGAAUAAGAAGCUUGAAUCCAAAGAUCUUCGUCCAAGGAGUCCUCAACGCUGGCUACAACGCACCCUUUUUUAUGUCCCGCUUCCGAGAGGCACUGGCUUACUUCUCAACAAUAUUCGACUCUAUGGAGUGUUCGUUUCCUGCAGAGCACCCGGACAGGCAAAUCAUAGAUCACGAGAUUGUAGGCAGAGAGAUUUUGAACGUGGUGGCUUGUGAAGGCCCGGAGAGGGUGGAGCGCUCGGAAACGUACAGACAGUGGCAGGCACGGACCAUGCGAGCUGGCUUCCAGCAGAAGCCCAACUCUCCGGACGUCAUGGCUAAGAUUAGGAUGGCAAUGAGGUCAUAUCACAGAGACUACGGUAUUGGGGAAGACGGUGCCUGGUUCUUGCUCGGAUGGAAGGAGCGCAUCACACAUGCCAUGACUGUCUGGGAGCCUCUCCCCGACAGCCCUUGAUUGUCGCCACAUAUUUCCUUGUGGUCACUUCUCUGCACUAGGAAGUAAUCACAGUACCAUGUUCCUUCUCAUUGGGCAAGUAGAGUGAUAAUUGUGUUGUGAUUAGAUAGAUGGCCCUGAACAACGCCUUAUCUCAUUAAUCUUGAGCAAUGCCUUACAAACUGCUGUGCUCACCUUCGCCUGCAGCUCUGUACUAUAUCCAGCUAAGAGGCAGGACGUCAUUUUCAAUAAUAUGUACAGACCUUGAUUUAAUGAGUUUUUUUUUGUUUUUUUGUUU